GUUGUUGCAAAUGUAUCAAAGGUAUUUCCGAAGGAUACAGAGGCUCCCCCUGGUGGAGUGGAUGAUAUGACAAGAUUAUCAUAUUUGCAUGAACCUGGUGUGCUUCAAAAUCUGGCCACAAGAUAUGAGCUCAAUGAGAUUUAUACGUAUACUGGCAACAUCUUAAUUGCAGUAAACCCUUUUCAAAGGUUGCCGCAUCUUUAUGACACCCACAUGAUGGGGCAGUAUAAAGGAGCAGGAUUUGGAGAGCUUAGCCCCCAUGUAUUUGCUGUUGCAGAUGUUGCUUACAGGGCUAUGAUUAAUGAAGGAAGGAGCAAUUCCAUUUUGGUUAGUGGAGAAAGUGGUGCUGGUAAAACCGAAACAACAAAGAUGCUUAUGAGAUAUCUUGCUUAUUUGGGUGGUCGUUCUGGAAUAGAAGGAAGAACGGUUGAACAGCAAGUUUUGGAAUCCAACCCAGUCCUUGAAGCAUUUGGGAAUGCAAAAACUGUUAGAAAUAAUAACUCAAGUCGCUUUGGCAAGUUCGUUGAAAUACAAUUUGACAAGAGUGGAAGAAUAUCUGGUGCUGCUAUUAGGACCUACUUGCUUGAAAGAUCACGUGUUUGCCAAAUUAAUACUCCAGAAAGGAAUUACCACUGCUUUUACCUUCUUUGUGCUGCUCCUCAGGAGGUAAAAGAGAAAUAUAAAUUGGGAAGUCCACAAUCAUUUCACUAUCUAAAUCAGUCUGAUUGUUAUGAAUUGGAUGGCGUUGAUGAUUCUCUUGAAUAUCUUGCUACAAUAAGGGCAAUGGAUAUAGUUGGAAUCAGUGAAUGCGAACAGGAAGCAAUAUUCAGAGUGGUAGCUGCUAUUCUUCAUAUAGGGAAUAUUGAUUUUGCAAAAGGAGAGGAAAUAGAUUCUUCUGUCAUUAAGGAUGACAAAUCAAGGUUUCAUCUUAAGACAGCUUCUGAACUACUGAUGUGUGAUGCCCAGGGACUGGAAAAUGCACUUAUUAGGCGUGUGAUGGUGACACCAGAAGAAAUUAUCACAAGAACUCUAGAUCCUGCUUCUGCAAUUGUCAGCAGGGAUGGUUUUGCAAAGACUUUAUAUUCUCGUCUUUUUGAUUGGUUAGUGGAAAAGAUCAAUGUAUCAAUUGGACAAGAUCCAAAUUCAAAGUCACUGAUUGGAGUUCUUGAUAUUUAUGGUUUUGAGAGUUUUAAGUGCAACAGUUUUGAGCAAUUUUGUAUCAAUUUUACCAAUGAAAAGUUGCAACAGCAUUUCAACCAGCUACAACUACAAGCACUGAUGGAAACCUUGAGCUCAACGGAACCUCAUUACAUCAGAUGUGUGAAGCCCAACAAUGCCCUUAAACCUUCAAUAUUUGAGAAUUCAAAUGUCAUUCAACAGCUUCGCUGCGGUGGUGUACUUGAGGCAAUUAGGAUCAGCUGUGCUGGAUAUCCAACUAGAAAGACAUUUUAUGAAUUCCUGCAUCGUUUUAGUGUUCUUUACCCUGAAGUUUUAGACGGGAACUCUGACGACAAAGUUGCUUGCCAGAAGAUUCUUGAUAAACUGGGUCUAAAAGGUUAUCAGAUAGGGAAGAGCAAGGUGUUCCUCAGAGCAGGGCAAAUGGCAGAACUGGAUGCAAGAAGAGCUGAAGUUCUUGGAAGAGCGGCUAAAACUAUUCAAAGACAAAUUCGUACGCAUGUUGCUCGCAAGGAAUUUCUUCGGUUACGCAGUGCUGCUAUACAUUUGCAGUCUUGUUGGAGAGCUAAACUUGCUCGUAAAUUCUACGAAUACAUCAGACGGGAGGCUGCUGCUGUAAAAAUUCAAAAGAAUCUGCGGCGAUUUUCUGCCAGGAAAUCCUACAGGCGACUUCGCUCUUCGGCAAUUGUGCUGCAAACAGGUUUAAGGGCAAUGAGUGCACGCAAUGAAUUUAGACACAGAAAGCAAACUAAAACUGCAAUAAUUAUCCAGGCUAAAUGGAGAUCCCACAGAGAUUACUCAUACUACAAAAAUUUGAAGAAGGCAACAAUAACCUAUCAAUGUGCAUGGAGACAACGACUUGCAAGGAGAGAACUCAGAAAGCUGAAGAUGGCUGCAAGAGAGACUGGUGCCCUUAAAGAAGCAAAAGACAAACUGGAAAAACGUGUGGAAGAGUUGACAUGGCGUCUGCAGUUAGAGAAGAGACUACGGAUUGAUCUAGAGGAGGCAAAAGCGCAAGAAAUUGCUAAGUUACAGGAUUCUUUGCAUGAGAUGCAGCAACAAGUAGAAGAAGCUAAUUCCAUGAUUAUUAAGGAAAGAGAGGCUUCUCGAAAUGCCAUCGAAGAAGCACCACCAUUAAUCAAGGAAACCACUGUUAUAGUUCAAGAUGUAGAAAAGAUUAGUUCAUUGACUGCCGAAGUUGAGAGCUUAAAGGCUUUGUUGGCCGCUGAGCGGCAGAUGAGUGAUGCAGCCAAAAAGGCUUCAGCUGAAGCUCAAAAUAGAGAUGUUGAACUCCUGAAAAAACUUGAAGAUGCCAAUACCAAAGUUGAUCAACUUCAUGAUUCAGCCCAAAGGCUGGAAGAGAAGCUCUCCAACCUUGAAUCUGAGAACCAAGUGCUUCGCCAGCAAGCACUUGCAAUUUCACCCACUGGAAGAUCUUUGUCUGCACGCUCUAGAACCAUGAUCAUCCCAAGAACUCCAGAGAAUGGCAAUUUAUUUAACGGUGAAACAAAAUUAGCAUUGGAUAUGACUCCGGUUGUAGUCAAUGCUAAAGAACCUGAAAGCGAAGAAAAACCGCAAAAAUCUCUGAAUGAGAAGCAACAGGAAUAUCAGGACUUACUGAUUAGGUGUAUUACGCAAGAUCUUGGAUUCUCUAGUGGAAAGCCUAUUGCUGCCUGUCUUAUAUAUAAAUGUCUUCUCCAAUGGAGAUCAUUUGAAGUUGAGAGAACCACUAUUUUUGACAGGAUUAUCCAAACAAUAAGUUCUGCUGUGGAGGGACAAGACAAUAACGACAUCCUUUGUUACUGGUUAUCAAACUGUUCAACAUUGUUGUUACUUUUGCAACGAACACUAAAAGCUAGUGGUGCUGCAAGCCUUACACCACAGAGGAGGAGACCAUCAUCAGCUUCUUUGUUCGGAAGAAUGUCUCAUGGACUCCGAGCGUCUCCACAGACUACUGGGCUUCCUUUCUUUAAUGGAAGGAUGGUUAAUGGACUGAAUGACUUACGUCAAGUAGAAGCAAAGUACCCAGCUUUGCUCUUUAAGCAACAGCUGACAGCUUUCUUGGAGAAAAUCUAUGGAAUGAUAAGAGACAACUUAAAGAAGGAAAUAUCACCAUUGCUUGGUUUGUGCAUUCAGGCACCAAGAACAUCCCGGGCAAGCUUAGUUAAAGGAUCACGAUCUCAAGCAAAUGCCAUGGCUCAGCAAGCUCUGAUUGCACACUGGAGAAGCAUUGUUAAAAGCUUGGAUAGCUAUUUAAAAGCAUUGAAAGCAAAUUAUGUUCCUCCAUUCUUAGUCCGUAAAGUGUUCAUUCAGAUAUUUUCAUUUAUCAAUGUGCAAUUAUUCAACAGUCUUCUUCUACGGAGGGAAUGUUGUUCAUUCAGCAACGGUGAAUAUGUAAAGGCAGGACUAUCUGAGCUAGAACAUUGGUGUUGUGCCUCAACCGAAGAGUAUGCAGGUUCGGCUUGGGAUGAAUUAAAGCAUAUCCGGCAGGCAGUUGGGUUUUUGGUAUGUUGA